AUGACGAGCCCUCUUUCAUUCAAGCGCGAACUGACACCACAAUCUAUCUCUGACCCUGCCCUUCUUCACAUUCACGACCGCCUGAGCCAACUGGACUCUCGUGUCCUUGAUCUCCGUGCCAGUGUCCUGACAAAGGAUGCUUACGUUGAUCGACGGAAUCGAGAAGACGAAUCCCUUCGACGAGAGUUCGAAAGCCACCGAAGCCUGACGUCCAACAUUGAAACUGUUGUUGGGAAGACGAAGGCAGAUGUCAGUCAGAUAAAGACUGAUUUCCUACAACUCCGAACCGAAAUUCUACAGUUACGAACUCAUGUCGGCCAACUCGGAUCGAAGGAGGCCUUCCUACACAGCGACGUCAGCCAACUCCAGAACGAUGUCAAUCAGAUACAACUUGACGUCCAACGUCUUCACACCAAUGUCUGCGCUACUAGAACUGACCUGAGCCAAAUUCAGGCCAUAGUGAGCCAAAUUCGAAUUGAUUUGAUGACGUUGGAACGGGAGACGUCUCGACAUUUCGGUGAUAUUUCAGCCCGAUUCUCCAAAAUGGAAUCACGAAUGAACCACACCGAAAGGGUUCGAUUCAACUCGCUAGCACACACCGUCCAUGCCCCCAUCACCCCUGUUCCUGUUGUCGAAACCGACGGCUCUGUUCGGUGGCCCGACUACUUCCCUCGCUCCGUAUGGAAAUUUUGGUGUUUAAAGCGCAGAAGUCGAAGUAAGUCCAUGGUCUCAAUCGUACAGCAAAGGCAAGCCAAUACUGACGCCCAAUCAACUGAAGUUCACCGACUCGUCGAGCUGGCGGAGUUCUACCAGCUCGAAGGCUUUCAGUACUGGGGGCGCAUGCCACAUCGGCAUGAUGCAAUGAUCCCAGGGGACGGCUACAUGAGUGAUUCGAGUGACUCUAGUGAUUUACCUUCAGAUCUCACCCUCGCCGAAGCAGCUCGCCUAUACCCAGAAGCAUGCCAUCAAGCGUUGGCGGCCACCCUAGGUCUUGUGUAUUAUAAGAUCCGAAAUGAAGUUGGCGAAGGCCCCACCCAACAUAUCAUGCCCGCUACCCAGAAGAGGCUUCGUGAAGAUGUCGCUUCAAACAAUUCCGCAAAACAGAAACAGCCAAAACUUUCUCGCCGACCAAACGACAUCUCGCCUCCAUCCCUCGCCAGAAUUGUCGCACGUGGCGCUGCCAUUGAUGCUAAAUCUAUUGUUUCGGAAGGUCUCGAUAAAUUGGGUUGGAAUGUGAAUACCUCUCAAAUGUCAGACGAAACUCUAACCAAGUUGAAGGACCUUGUCACCGACGAGGUAAAUUCUCUUCUUCUUCGCGCGUUAGAACGUGGUAAUAUCCAAAUCCAACCAAGUCGGAUGGAGUUUCACAAUAACUUCUUAAGUGGAUCUGCAGGUGUCAGCGUCAAAUCAAAGUCCAAUGCCAGUGAUGAUGACAUGCAGACUGUUCCAACAGAAGUCAUUUCACCUAUUUCUGAACAAGAAGACCCUCAGUGGGCAAACGACCAAAUACUCGAAGCCGGUUGCCAUUAA